AUGCCUCCCCUCAUACUGCUGUACUGGGCCAUACUGGAGAAUACUGGAGAAUACUGGCAGAUACUGCACUGGUUCACGGCCGACUACAGUGUCCGGGGCCUGCUCACCACAGUUAGCACGCGUUCCGGCCGCUCUUGCCGCUCUGGCAUCGUGGUGAUGGUGUGGUCGUGCCAAGUGUGCACCUUCGAGAACGUUCACGACGAAUAUCUCGCGUGCGAGGCCAAGCGGCCCAGACUCGCGCCGAGUGCUGAGUCCGCACCGGUCGGCGGACCCGCGCCUGCCGCUCCCGCUCCCGCGCCCGCUGCUCCCGCUCCCGCGCGAAGCAUUGCCAACGUGCUGCGCCCAAAGAGGAGCUCCGACUUCGCCGGCUCCGUCACAGUCAAGGUCGGAGCCGAGGCGCCGCGCCGCGUGGCCGAUGCGUCGCUCCACCAGUAUGCGCCGGCUGCGUUCGCGCGCGACUUCCUGCCGGCAAGGGAGGCGCAUGCCUUGCUGCGGCUGCUGCACGCCGACGGCGCCUCUUGGCGGCGGCACCCGUGGUUCAUCUUCAACCAGUGGCGGGAGACGCCGCGGUGCAGCAAGGGCUUUCGGAUGGAGGCCUCGGCCGCUCCGUCGCGUAUCUGCGGAGAGCAGGGCGACGGCGAGGCGAGGCACGGGUCCAUCUACGCUCCGGCGGACGCGUCGGCGGACGCGUCGCCAGACCUGCUCGCCGCGCUCCGCAGCGCGUCAGCCCGGCUCGCGGAGCACGUCGCGCAGAUCCGGCCCGGGCGAGCCGCGCCGUGGCUCCCGACGCUCGCGCUGGGCAACCGGUACGCCGACCACCAGGACUCGGUCGGCGCGCACUCGGACUACCUCGGCGAGCUCGGCCCGAGACCGAUCAUCGUCGGCCUCGCGCUCGGAGCCUGCCGCGACUUUGUGCUCGCGAGCCGCGCCGCCGACCCGCCCACGACGGUGCGGAUCCCGAUGCCGCACAACAGCAUCGUUGUCAUGUGGGGCGAGUGUCAGGAGCGGUGGGACCACGCCGUCCCCGCGUGCGGCGAGGGCGCCGUCCUGCGGCACGCGCUCGUCGGGCCGGUGCGCUACUCGCUCACCUUCCGCAUGAGCCGCGCCGCCGAGAUCUCGCGGCCAAAGUGCCGCUGCGACAAGCCCGCCGAGCUCAAGUGGCGCGGCACGGGCUAUCGGUGGUGCUGCGCCGGCCACGCGCCUCGCGGCGACGAGCACACCAGGCCCGACGCGCCUCCGCCGAGACACCCCUGCGGCUUUUCCGCCGAAAGCCCGUGGGCAACCGCGGAGGCGGCGCGGCUCGCCGCUGCGGAGCCCGAGUAUGCGCGGGUCGUCCAGCCGACAUGA